AUGCAGAUAUUUCUUGUUGUCAUCAUCUGUGUUCUCCUCUGGCUGAAACUCAAGCCCCGGAGGCCCAAGCAUUUCCCUCCAGGCCCCGAUCCUGUUCCAGUAUUUGGGAAUAUACUCCAGCUGAGCACGACAAACCCACUGAGGGACCUCAACAAGUUUGCCAGGCGUUAUGGCGACGUGUACAGUCUGUUCCUUGGCAACAGGCCGGCAGUGUUUCUGCACGGACUGCAGGUCAUCAGGCAGGCUCUGGUGACUCAGGGAGCAGACUUCGCCGGCCGGCCCCAGGGCCUGAUGAUCAACCAUGUGACGGAGAAUAAAGGGCUGAUCAUGGCCAACUAUGGGCCAACAUGGAAGGAACACAGGCGCUUUGCCCUGGCCUCCAUGAAGACCUUCGGUCUGGGUAAAAAGACCAUGGAGAACAAGAUCUUGGAGGAGACCCAUCACAUCUGCAGCCACUUAGAAAACCAUCUGGGGGAUCCAGUGGAUCCUUCGUUUCUGAUCCACAGCGCCUCGUCCAACGUGAUCUGCUCUGUCCUGUUUGGAGAGCGUUUUGAGUACAAAGACGAGAUGCACAAGCUCAUCAUCAACAGCUUCAAGGAGAACGCUCAGGUGGCCAAUGGGGCCUGGGCAGCAAUCUACGAUGGGUUCCCGGCUUUGCGAGGGCUUCCACUGCCCUUCCAGAAGGUAUUCAAGAACUUUGACAUCAUAAAGAAUCAUGUCAGGGGCGUCGUGAAGCAGCACAAGUCCUCCCGAGUCCCCGGAGAACAGCGAGAUGUCAUUGAUUGCUAUCUGGAUGAGAUGGAGAAGAGUACACAAGAUGGCUGCCUGUUGGAGGAGGAGCGGUUAGUCAUGCUGCUGCUUGACCUUCACUUCGCCGCCACCGACACCACGGCCAACACCAUCCUCUCUGGCAUCCUCUACCUGGCCACGCACAGGGACAUACAGGCCCGCUGUCAGAGGGAGUUGGACGAGGGCCUGGCGGGCCGCGUCGGCAUUUCAUUUGAAGAUCGCCACAGGAUGCCGUUUGUGAUGGCCACCCUCCACGAGACGGUGCGUGUGGCCAACAUCGCCCCAGUGGGGGUGUUCCACGCCACUACCAGGGACACCAUGCUGAAGGGCUACCGCAUCCCAGAGGGGACUCUGGUGAUUACCAACCUGACUUCUGUGCUGUCUGAGGGCCCCCACUGGGAGAGACCAUCAGACUUCUAUCCUCCACACUUCUUAGAUCAGGACGGAAGCUUCCGGAAGCCUGAGGCCUACCUGGCAUUUUCUGCUGGUCCUCGUGUUUGCCUUGGGGAACAAUUGGCGAACAUGGAACUCUUUCUGGUCUUGGUUUCCCUCCUCCAGGACUUUGUGUUUGUGUGGCCUGAAGAGGACACUCCUGACCUGACGCCCGUGUUCGGAGGCAUCCAGUCCCCCAAACCCUACAGAGUCACGUUCAGGCCCAGAAGACCGCAUUAAAGUUGCAAUCAAAGCCAUAAGUAUGAACCACCUGAUGACGAACAUUAAUGGGUCCUUAUCCAAUAAAUAAUGGCUUGCUUUUGGACCGUGAGUAGCUUGAUAUAUAUUGUCAGUUUGACCACCACAAGAGGGCACUACUGGGUAACUCUGACCAUUGCACAACUCUAUGGCUACAUAGAGGUGCGUUAUUCCUACAAUUACAAAAGGUCAACCGAUGUGAUGAUUUCUUUUAAGAAGCCAAUACCUGUGUGUGUGUGUGUGUGUGUGUGUGUGUGUGUGUGUGUGUGUGUGUGUGUGUGUGUGUGUGUGUGUGUGUGUGUGUGUGUGUCAGAGAGAGAGGGAGAAAGAGAGAUCCAGAGAGUCAGAGACAGAGACAAAUACAGAGACGGAGUGACAAAGACAGACUCAUAUUUGCAGACCAUUUGCGCUGUUCGCUAUUGAAGCGAACAAUGGAGUGCGGCUCUCGAUGGUAUUCGCUGAAAAGCAGGAGUUACAUAACCGUUAUUGACUCUAAUUGAGUGCUUGCAGCAGUGCUGAGUAGGUCUAUUUAUUGGAUUUGUAUUGUAUUGAGCACAAAACGUGCAGCUGUUUGCUUAAGGGUGA